GUAGAUAUCUGGUCUCCUCUUAUUUAACGUAUUACUUUUAAUCCACCAAAUCAAUGAAGGCCAUUUUAUUGUUAAUAUUAUUGACUACAUUUCCAUUAAUUAAAAGUGAUGAUUCAAGGCCACAGUCAUCACAAACUUUAAAGAACAACAACAACGAUGAUGAUGAUGAUAAAAAGGUAGAGGGAGGAGAUGAGGUUGAAUUGAGUGACGAAGGCCAACCACCUGAUGGUGUAGGUGGUAACCAUGACGAUGACACCAGUCGCCAUGAUGACUCGGAUCACCAUGACGACAAUCAGUUAAAAGAUAAGACCAAAGGCACAGAAGAGGAGGAAGAGAUGAAACCGACUGACAUUGAAGAGGAGGAGGAACCAAGAGACAGAGAUUAUAGAACUGCACUUGAACUUAUUACUAGAUAUAACUUUGAAGAUAAAGCAAAAGGUUAUGAGCUAUUGAAAGAAGUGGCUAGUGAUGGUAACAAUAAAGCAGUUGAACAGCUGGCAUACGGAUACCUUUAUGGACAUGUCCUUAAGAGAAACUUUAGUAAAUCUUUUGAGUUGUUCACUAAACUAUCAAACAAAGGAUAUCCUUCAGGACAACAAGGUUUAGGGUUUUUGUAUUCUCUUGGCAUUGGAGUAAACUCAAGUCAAGCUAAAGCAAUUUUGUAUUAUACAUUUGGAGCACUGGGAGGAAACAGUUUUUCACAAAUGAUAUCAGGAUAUCGUGCUUUUCACGGUGUGGCUACUCCCCAAAGUUGUGAAACUGCUUUAUCAUAUUAUAGGAAAGUGGCCAGUAAAGUUGCUAAGGAUGCUUCCAUAUUUGGAGGGUCACACACUAUCAGUAAAAUAAGACUGAUAGAGGAAGACGAAGAAUCUAGUGUGUUUGCUGGUAUCACGGAUGAUGAGGUCGACCAUUAUAAAGACGUGUUUGCUGACAGUGGUGCACAGCUAUCCCUUGGACUUUAUUACUUAUUUGGGCUGGGCGGAGUUGAAAGAAAUUUACCACUAGCACUUGAUCUGUUGCAAAGAGCUGAUUCCCCAAUUGCUUAUGGACUCAUUGGAAGGAUCUACGCUGAGGGGAGCCCACCUGAGAUACCUCAGAGUAACGAGACGGCCAUUAGGUAUUUUAAAAAAGCUAUUGAACAUAAAACAGCCGAAGGCUACACUGGACUGGGUAUUAUGUACUUCUAUGGCCUAGGGGUUAAAAAAGAUUAUACUCAUGCAAUGGAGUUGUUCCAGACAGCUGUCGAUAAAGGAUCACCCGAGGCUCACCUCUACCUGGGGAUGGGAUACUUAUACGGGUUAGGUAAACAGGCCAAUCCAGUUCGUGGAGUGUCCAGUUUACAGAUAUCAUCAUCUCAAGGAGGUCAUAUAUUAGCCCAGUUUCAUUUAGCUGAGGCGUUAACUAAAGGAUUGACAGGAAGAAAGAAUUGUAAUCAAGCAGUAGAAUUGUAUAAAUCUGUUUCGGAGAGGGGGAAGUGGGCGUGGCUACACAGGGAAGCAUAUCAUUUAUACACAACAGGAGACGCUGACUCAGCAUUAUUGAUGUAUUUACAUUUGGGAGAACUGGGCAUUGAAGUGGCGCAAUGUAACGCUGGGUUUAUACUGGAGGAAGAUGAAACUAGUGUAAUGUUAAAUAAAACUGAAAUUUUAAAGAGAGCACUAGUAAUGUGGAGCAGAUCAGCAACACAAGGUUACAGUGCUGCUCGUGUUAAAUUGGGUGAUUAUUAUUAUUACGGGUAUGGGACAGAGACGGACCAUGUACUAGCAGCUGAACAAUAUCGGCUAGCAUCAGACCGUAUGGGUAACGCACAAGCCAUGUUUAAUCUGGGCUACAUGUAUGAAAACGGUAUUGGGUUACAAAAGGACUAUCACUUGGCAAAGAGAUAUUAUGAUUUGUCGUAUCAGUCCAGCCCUGAGGCAGCUGUUCCUGUCAAUAUUGCACUCCUUAAACUCAACGCUUUAUUCUAUUAUGACACCAUAUUAAAGGCAGUGCAAAGUAGUGAAAGAUACAAUUCUUUAUUUGAUAAUGUGUUUAUUGCGUUGCUAGGAGACGAGUGGGACAUUUACAUAAUAGCUAUUCUCUGUGUAUUUCUAGCUCUCCUGGUCAGGUGGUACAGGAGAAGAUGAACUAUUUAUCAUUACAUUAUAGCUUCACUUUCUAAUUUGAUGCCAUUUUAAUUUGAA